CGCCCCCCGAGGAUGACUACUACCGCCGCGACCCUCCUCCGCUAUUCCUCGGAGAGCUCCAGUCCCAGAACUCCGACCUGCAGCGGGAGCUGGGCAACCUCAAGAAGGAGCUCGAACUGACCAACCAGAAACUGGGCUCCAGCAUGCAUAGCAUAAAGACCUUCUGGAGCCCAGAGUUGAAGAAGGAGCGGGCACUUAGGAAAGAGGAGAGCGCAAAGUACAGCCUCAUUAAUGACCAACUUAAACUGCUCAAUCAGGAAAACCAGAAACAAGCUAUGCUAGUGAGACAAUUGGAAGAGGAACUUAGACUGCGCAUGCGUCAACCUGCUCCGGAACUACAACAACAGCUAGAGGCCUUGUUCGCUGAGAAUGAACACCUGCAGAGGGAGAUAGCUAUAUUAAGAGACACCAUAAAGGAACUAGAGUUGAGGAUCGAAACGCAGAAGCAAACGUUACAAGCAAGAGAUGAGAGCAUCAAAAAAUUACUUGAAAUGCUUCAAAACAAGGGCAUGGGUAAAGAAGAAGAAAGACAAAUGUUCCAACAAAUGCAAGCCAUGGCACAGAAACAGCUGGAUGAGUUCCGGUUGGAGAUACAGCGUCGCGACCAGGAGAUCCUGGCAAUGGCUGCUAAGAUGAAGGCGCUGGAGGAACAGCACCAGGAUUACCAGCGACACAUUGCCGUGCUGAAGGAGUCGCUCUGCGCCAAAGAGGAACACUACAGCAUGCUGCAGACCGAUGCGUGUUCACAGGUGGAGGAGCUAAAGGCUAGGCUAGACGAGAAGAGCAGGAUUGUUGAAAAGAAGACAGCGGCAGCGCUGGCAGCGGCGCAUGAGUUGGCCGAGCUGCGAGACCAUUCCGAGAUCAAAGACCGGAAGAUCAACGUGCUACAGCGCAAGAUUGAAAAUCUCGAAGACCUGCUGAAAGAGAAGGACAACCAAGUAGACAUGGCUCGAGCGAGAUUAAACGCGAUGCAAGCCCACCAUUGCUCCUCUGAAGGUGCUCUCUCCUCACUCGAAGAAGUUAUAGGAGACAAGGAGAAACAAAUACAACAACUGAGAGAGCAGAGAGACAGAGCUGAACACGAGAAAAAUGAAGAGAGAGAACUUCACGAGAGAGAGAUAGCCGACUAUAAGAUGAAGAUCCAUGCUCUUGAGAGCGAAGUUGAAAAAUUGGGUGCCAGGCUUGAAAGGGCUCAAGCGGAAAAAGACAGACUUGAAGCCAAGCUUGAAAGCUCGCAAUCUGAACUUGGAAAGUCGAAAGCUGAACUCGAUAAAGCUGCUAGUGAAGUUGGGCGGUCUGGUGCCGACUGGGAAGCGGCGAAACAACGCUUAGCACGACUCGAGUUGGAGAAUGAGAGGCUUAAACACGAGCUCGAGAGAUCUCAAACAACAUUUGGUAGGAGCACGUUGACAACGUCGCAAGAGCUAGACAGAGUCCAAGAAAAGGCGGAUAAGUCUGCAGCAGAAUUGAGAAGGACCCUCGCAGAACUGAGGGUGACACAAGCAGAUGCGGAGAGAGCCAGGUCGGAAGCAAGUGGACUUCAGGAUAAGCUGGAAAAGUCUCAGGGAGAGGUGUAUCGUCUUAAAGCCAAGCUUGAAAAUGCACAAACUGAACAGGAUAGCCUGAAGGAAGAAUACGACAGAAUGCAGUCAUCGAUCAGUCGUCUGCACUCCGAGCGCGAUAAAGCAGUGGCCGAGUUAGACAAGGCUAGAGAGGAGCUGGAGAGGACUCAGGCAACUCUUGGGAAGGCGCAGUUGCAGCAAGACAAGUUGCAAGCGUCCCUGGACUCCGCCCACUCGGAGAUCGACAAACUGCAGGAGAAAUUGGACAAAUCCAACGUCGAGCUCAGAAAGUUGCAAGUGGAUCGCGAGAAGCAAGCAUAUGACUUCGAGUCCUUACAGUCACAAUUGGACAAGGCCUUAGGUCAGGCUGCGAGGCUGCAGAAGGAACGCGAUACCGCUCAGUUAGACGCUGAGCGCUUCCGUGACAAGCACGACAAGGCACAGGCUCAAGUGACUCGUAUCCAGAAAGAGCGUGAUACAGCCUUGGCCGAGGCUGCGAGUUGCCGUGAAAGGGCGGAGGCUGCUGCUGCUGCUGCCAACCGCGCCGCCAGAGACCGGGAUAGCGCUGCCACAGAAUUGGACGUCCUCAGAGAACGAUGGGAGAAAGCACACCAACAACACCAGAAACUCACGAUGGAGCGUGACGAUGCCCUGACAGAGCUUGAAAUCCUGAAAGAGAAACUCGACAAAGCCCUUUACUCCACGCAGAAAACAAUAGAAGAGAAGGAGUCAGCGCACAAAGAAUACGAGAAAAUGCUUGAAAAGUAUGAUAGGUCCCAAAACGAAAUCUACCGUCUGCAAAACAAGAUAGAAAUAUUAGAAGCGGAUAAAGACCGUCUCGAGCUUGAACUAGAGAAGCACGUACAUAUGUCAACUAAGACUAGGGAAGACCAGAGGAAGUUGCAAGAUGAACUAGCAAGAUUACAAGAGAUGUACGACCGCGCAUCUCUGCAGGUGGCCAGAACGAAAGAACAAGAAGAGAAAGCCAAAGAAGACAUGGAUAGACUCUGUGUUGACAUUGAAAUGGUACGAGAGAGAUAUGAAAAGAGCCAAAUCGAGUUAAGGAGGUUGCAAGCUGAAAAAGAGAAACUUGUUGCCGAUAAUGAGCGCUUGCAGUUCGAAUACGAUCGUGCGAUGACACAAUGUGGCAAAGCACAAGCUACUAACGAAAAAACUCAAGAAGAAAUGGCUCGAGUGCAAAUCGAACUCGAAAAAAUGUACGACAAACACGAUAAGGUAUCUGCAGAGUUAAGAAGAGUUCAGGCAGAACUGGAUAAAGUCAAACAAGAUGCUAGCGGAGCCAGAGAAGAAGCGGAACGAUAUGCAGCCCGAUAUGGAAAGUACCAUGACACAAAAGAAGAACAUGAAAGAACUAAGAUGGAGGUGGAACGACUACGUACACGGCUCGAGAAGACGACGUUAGAAUUGGAACGAGCACGCAAGUUUGAAGAAGAAACGACUCGUCUACGUUCGGAGCUCGAACGCAUCGAAGGCCUCCGAGGUAAAUACCAAUUCGAACAGGAUAAAUGGACUACAGAGCUUAACCGAAUGCAGGCAGAAAUUGACAAGCAUCGCGAACGUUACGAAGCUGCGCAGGUUGAAAUUCAACGUCUACAAGGGGAAAAGGAUCAGGCGGAGACCAAGCUUCACGAAUCCAAUAUUCAGUUAGAAUUGUCUAGAUCUGAAGUCACGAAGCUAAAUGCGGCACUUGAAAAGCAACGAACAGAUCUUGAACGCGCUCAUAUUGAGUGCGAGAAGUUUAGAGACCGAUGUGAAAAACUUAAAUUGCGUUCAGAACAGCUGGAUAAAGAUAACGAAAGGCUCAAAGGAGAGUUGCAACAGAUUGAACGGAUGAAAUUGCAAGCGGUUGCAGGAGAUAAAGCUAGGACUGAGGAUCGACUUGAAAUUGAACGGCUUCGUGACAAAUUGGAGAAAGCAAUACAAGCAAGGGACUCUACAGAAAUGGAAGCAGGUCGCUUAGCGAAGGAACUUGAGAAAUCUCAAAUGCAUCUUGCUAAGUACCAAGAAACUAACGAGACCACGCGUGUUGAAUACGAUAGGAUGACGAAUGAACUGGGCCGCAUGCACGAGCGCCUUGAACGCACAAUUCUAGAAAUGAGACAGAUCGAACAGGAGAGAGAUGCUUUGCGAGCCGAAAUACAGAACACUAGACGUAACAUUGAACAACAACAGAGGACCCUUGAUCAUCGAACUCAGGAGACGUUAGUGAAAUUGCAACAAGAACUUGCUCAGUCCGUAAGAGACAGAGAAAAGAUGGCAGCUAUUUUGGAACAGCGCGACAAGCAAGCUGACGCUAUAGAGAAACAGAUAGUCAAACUGGAAGCAGACACCAAACAGUUGACUAUAGAACGUGAUCAGCUGGUUGCUCAACUAGAAAAGUCACAAGACAUGCUUGUUAACUUCCAGAGAGAAUUGAACGCCUCGGAAGCUGAGCUGCAAAAGCAGCGCGAAGAAGUGCGCCGACUGAAAGAAGAACAGAGAAAGAUGGCGCAAGAUUCAGAACGUGGCACUAAAACCGUCCUCGAAAAUCGUGAUAGAGAAAUCGUUAAGUUGCAACAACAAGUUCAGGGUCUUUCAAAAGAGAGAGAUGCUAUCAGACAGCGAGCUGAAAAGGCCGAGAAAGAUGCUCAGAAAGCUGGCGAAAUUGAAAAAUGGAAGGUGGCUGUUGAAGCUGAGAAAACUAAAGCAAUCGCAGCAGAAAAGGCCUUAUCUGAAUGCCAGCAACGUUUACAGUCUUUGGAGAAGCAAUUCCAAAUGCAACAGCAGCAACUGCAGCAACUCCAAGCCCGCGGACCUUCUGAUGUGCGGGAAGUACAAAAGCAGCUUGAAGCGGCGCAAGCGGAGGCGCGGUCGGUCGCCGUGGAACGCGAGCGCUGCCAGGCACAGUUGGAGAUGCUCGUUCAAGAGCUGGAGAAGAGCCAGCUGGAUCUCCACGAAGCAAACAAGAAGCUUCAAGCAGCUGGCAAUCAGAACGCCAAAGCUGGCGAAGAUACAGCCCAAGCUAGGCGACAGCUUCAAGAAGAAUUCAAGAAGCUAGAAGACGCGAGAAGACAAUUUGAGGAGCAAAGGAGAGCGUGGGACAACAAAAGAAAAGAAGUGGAGGAAAAAGAGAAAGCGCUUACAGAAGUAGACCGGCAGUUAAAGAAGAGGAAAGAGCAAAUUGACCAAAUGGAAGCAUCUUUGAGGAAGACGGGUGGCACAGCCGCAGCGGUGACAGAUUUGAACAAGAAGCUAACAGAGACGCAGAGGGAAGCAGAACAAGCGAAACAGCAGCUAGAACAGAGCAAGGAAGAAGCUAAACGACUGACGGCCGAGACAGAGCGACUGUUGCAACUGGUACAGAUGUCGCAAGAAGAACAGGCGCAGAAGGAGAAACAAAUGAUGGACAUGCAGCAGUCUAUCAGAAACCUUCAGGCCAAGCUGAAAAGUCAACAGCAAGCACAAGCACAAAGAGAAGAGGAACUAUCGAGAGCGAGACAGAGUGAGAUAGCAGCAAUAGAUGAUUUGAAUAACGUGCUUAAAGAAAGAGAUGACUACAGAGAUAGACUUGAGGAAAGCAAGAUGAAACUAAUUGACUUAGAGAUAGAAUUGAACGAGUCAUCCCUUAUACUGUCAGAGGUAUUAAAAAUAUCGGACGGUCACGAAUUGACUCAGAUACAAAAGAGCAGGAGCUUUUUUGAGCUACAAAAAAGUGGCACGGUGGUAGAUAGACUGGACAAGUUUAGCAGAUUUAGUAGAAGUUUCAACGACAUCAACGUACUUAAACAGAGAAACGGUAGAGACGACCAACCAAUGAAAAGACUUACAAGUAAAAUAAGUGACUUGUCCAAAGAGAUCGGUAUUAAGAACUCGAAAAUAAUUGAACAGCAACGAUGUAUAUCUAUUCUAGAAGAAGCUUUGAGGGAGAAUAAUAAUAUAGCGGAAUUCGAACAACUACUGGCUGUUGUCAGAAGCAAAGAUGAAAGAAUCAAUGAAUUGGAGAGAAUUGUGAACAAGAAAGGUGGGGUGUCGAUCGAUGAGAAAGACAAAAGGAUAAUGGAAUUAGAGGAAGCUUUGAAAGAGUCGUUUAUGAUUGCUGCUGAAAGAGAAAAAGUUUUUUACGAAGAAGAACAGAGGAGAAUCGCUACUUUGAAUAAGAUGAAGAAAAUGGAACAGAGGAUAAAAUCGUUACAAAACGCUUCAGCGCUGAAUUGUGAAACUUGUUCGAGUGUAUUGAAGCGAUACAAGCAGCUGGAUCACGCCCUGCAUGCUUGUAGGGAAGAAAAAGAAAUGAUACUGCGACAACUUUCGCAUACAGUACAAAACAUCUUGGAAGCGGCGAUUAGCGAAAAGGAUGCACAGAUAGCUGAACUUGAAGUAAAAGGGGUCCUGGAUGAAAACGAGACGCAGCGAUGCGACGCUCUGAAGUGCGAGCGAGACAAACUACUAGACAGACUGAAAACUGAGAACGAGCGCCUAGUGGAGGUUCAGCGUUUGAAGUACCAGGGGCCAAUACCUGAGCAGGAGGUUGUAGCCAUUGCCCUGGCCGAUGACGUCAUUGCCGUCUGCGACGACAAUGAGGAGGACAUCCCAGCCACGAUGCUCUGACGAACGCAGCUAAGUCAAGUUGUUUCAUCUGUUUGUGGCCUUAGCUCAUCUCGCACUGUCAUAGUCAUUCGCUAUCUAACAAAUCAUCGCUUUAUCACUCCAGCAUUAUACAGCCAACAAAAAGCCCGCCUGCAAUUUCUGAACGUGUCAAAUUCAGAAUGUUUUAUAACCAAAGAUAAAAGUCACUUUUUUAAAAUUAUAUUUUUAUUUAUUUUGUAAACACAAAUAAAUUAUUUUCCAAAGUUUUUCUUUUUCAUUUAAUUUCGUUCUUUAUUUGAAUUUAAACGUCUGUUGAUAUUUUGAAAGUGAAUGAUAUUUUUCAACUGAACGGAACCAAAUUUAUUAUAAUUACUACCUAUUAAUAUGUAUUGAACAAUUACUACACUUGUUAAAAUGUAUACCUGUUUAGAGCAAUAAUUUUAUCUAAACAAUGUUCUACAUAGUUAAAUCCACAUGGGUGUCUAUUUUUAUCUUUAAUACUAGUCAAAUCUAUAAAUUUUUACUGCAUCUGUGUUAUUAAUUACUAUUAUUUCGAAUGUUGAAACAUAGUUUAGGCGAAUGAACCAUUUAGUGGAAGUUGUUUUUAAUGAAAUCUUAUUUUGUGUAGUCGUAAAUGAAUGAAUUUCUGGACAUGUGUAAUCGUACUUACAAAUACAUAGACGUAAAUCCAUAACUAUGAAGUUAUAUUUAUACACCUGUUAGUUUACUUGGCAAAAUUUACUUGUAGCAAAUUGAUAUUGUGUUACAAAUUCUACAUAUCAUGCACAAAGUUAUAAAAACACCAUUUAAAAAAGCUUACAGACGGCAUAUCAUAAUUUAUGUACCUACAUAAUAAAAUUUAGCUUCUUAUCUAAAUCUCCUAGAAAACAUGGGUGUUCUAAAUAUUUUUUUUAAGAAAUGCUUGUACAAUGUCAAAUGAGCACUGCCUUACAUACUAAGUAAAUUAAUGAUAUUUUUUGUUAAGCUAAAACAUCCGUUUUGCUUGACGAAGGGCUUGCCUCGUAGAUUGAGGAGUUUGAGUGGGCAUUGUGUUUUACACGUAUGGUCGUCGUGUUAACAGUUGAACGUACCGCGUCGUGGGUAUAAGAUGUGCGAGGGAGGGAAAAAAAGGCGAGUUCGAAUAAUGCUGUAGACAGACAGAGAUAGACAGUGCAGGGGGUUACCGCGGAAUAUGGUAAUGGUUCGAUUUAGCCGUAUAGGGGGGUUAAAAGUUUGACAUUUGCGGAUACAAAAGUAAGUGCGCAAUGCACACAAAUGUCAAAUAGCAAUAUUGUUUUUUAGUUGAUGAAUUGCUUCUAUGUGGCCUUUUAACCCACCUGUAAUAGCGCUCCACUUUUGAAUUCAUGUAGUGUAACAGCGGAAUUUUGACCGUUUCUUCAUAAAUAAGGCCAUAAUAUAUUGCACACACGGUGUCAUAAUAUAUUGCACUGUUACAUAAAGCAGAAUUGUGUUAGUCUCCAUUAUCAUUUGCCAACAACUUUAUUGUAAGUAGUUUACAGUUUAAAUUAAACGCUAUGACCCUGACUCUAGGGUUGUUGAGAUCGGUUAUCCACCUCACAAUCCAUAAGUACGAGAGAAGAACAUUAUGGAAAACUUAUUACUAUGCUGCAACAAUAAGGUCAGGACAUAGCGCCUAGAUAAGUCAUGGAUACCCUAAUCAGAUAGAUUAUCAGAAAGUGUUGGAAGAGUCCUUAUUUAUAGUAUUCGUGUCCAGUUGUAAACUUUGACAUAGAUUGACAGCAGUACCUAUGUGAAGAAACAGUUUUAUACGUUACCGGUUUACACGGAAGAUGUCUAUACGGUAUAAUGUUUACACGGUAGAUAUCUACACGGUAAAAUGUGUACACGGUAGAUAUCUACACGGUAAAAUGUGUACACGGUAGAUGUCUGCUCGGUAAAAUGUUUACACGGUAGAUAUCUACACGGUAUAAUAUAAUAUUGCACGGUAGAUAUCUACACGGUAUAACGUUUGCACGGUAGAUAUCUACACGGUAUAAUGUUUACACGGUAGAUGUCUACACGGUUAAACGUUUGCACGGUAGAUGUCUACACGGUAUAAUCUUUACAUGGUAGGAUGUCUACACGAGACACGUUCACACGGCGGCCGUACGGUAAAACACUGGUGACUUUGACAGGAUAUUAGGAAGUUCAUAGGACUUACUCCGUCACUUUACGGCAGCUAAAAUAAAAGCCACAUCAACUUUUCUAAUUAUAUAUUACGAGCUUUAUAUAAUAUCUAUACAGUAUUGCAUUUGUGAUAAAAAUAGAUGUGGAAAAAAAAUAUGAAAUAAUCCAAUUUAUGAAAAUCAUUCCUCAGGUUUCUAAAUAAUUCAAUAAAAUAAUUUAUAUCUAGUAUAGUUAAGGAAUCCUUAAUCCUUAAGCCGCGAUUUGUAUGACCAUGUAAAAGCUUAUUGCUGUUUUAAGCAAUUGUUUUUAAUAUAAUAUUUAAAAUACCAAUUUCAUGAAUUGGAUUAUGACCCAAGGAAAAACAUCGAAAAUACUCGUAUUUUCUGUAAAACUCGCUACUCCCUUAUAUUUUAAGGACAAUGGUCAAUUUGAUAGUGAUAUUUAUAGGUAACGUAAAUUCUAUGUUUGAAUCAGAAUGAAAAAAAUGAGUUUUUUUUUUUUAUUCGAAUGACCAAUGUCCUUAUAAGUUUCCAAUAAACAUGUUAAACAUCCCUUCUUUAUUCUAACUUGUCUAUUAAAAAACCUUGUUGUAUUUUUUAAACUCACAGAUAAUAAAAUAUUAUAUAGUGUUGGCAAAUUAUGGCUUUUUAUACACAGUCGCUGUAUGUAGUAUGUAUUCGUAUGGUAGGUGGAAUUAUAGCUAUCGCCGCGAUGUUACGACGAAAGAAAAAGAAAAAAAUGUGGAAACGUCAAACUUUUCAACUUUUACUUUUUAAACUAAUGAUUUUUAUUUUUUAAUUUAGUGUUGCAAGUGUUCUUACUUCAUCGGAACGCCGCGGCCUGAGCGACAAACAUUUUGUAUUGACUCAAAAGUGUGUAGUUGAACUGUAUGAUCAAGUCACAAUAAUUAAAGUAAAUUAUAUUAGUUACUUGUUACAUUAUAUUAUGGUAUAAAUUAAAGUGAGUGACAUUGUUUCACACGUUGUAUUGACCGAAAUUAUGCUGAGAUAUAUAAAAAUACAGUCAUGUUCUUUGAAAAUAUAAUAUCUUCAUAUACGGAACUGUA